AUGGCCCUCCACAGCCCCCCCAUGACCCCCGUUGACAGAUCAAUGGAGCUGUCAGAGAGAAUGCACUUCACACCAGAAUCUGCCAGACUCAGGUCCAUCGGCCGGACUCAGACCCAGACUCUUGAUCUGUUGUUGAUGAGCCCCGGAGGGUUCAGCGGUGUAACUCAGCGUCCCAGACGAAAAACCUGCUCUCCUCCUGCUCUCCUCCUGCUCUCCUCCUGCUCUCCUCCUGCUCUCCUCCUGCUCUCCUCACGCUCUCCUCCUGCUCUCCUCCUGCUCUCCUCCUGCUCUCCUCCUGCUCUCCUCACGCUCUCCUCCUGCUCUCCUCCUGCUCUCCUCCUGCUCUCCUCCUGCUCUCCUCACGCUCUCCUCCUGCUCUCCUCACGCUCUCCUCCUGCUCUCCUCACGCUCUCCUCCUGCUCUCCUCCUGCUCUCCUCACGCUCUCCUCCUGCUCUCCUCCUGCUCUCCUCCUGCUCUCCUCACGCUCUCCUCCUGCUCUCCUCACGCUCUCCUCCUGCUCUCCUCCUGCUCUCCUCCUGCUCUCCUCACGCUCUCCUCCUGCUCUCCUCACGCUCUCCUCCUGCUCUCCUCCUGCUCUCCUCCUGCUCUCCUCACGCUCUCCUCCUGCUCUCCUCACGCUCUCCUCCUGCUCUCCUCCUGCUCUCCUCCUGCUCUCCUCCUGCUCUCCUCACGCUCUCCUCACGCUCUCCUCCUGCUCUCCUCCUGCUCUCCUCCUGCUCUCCUACUGCUCUCCUACUGCUCUCCUCCUGCUCUCCUCCUGCUCUCCUCCUGCUCUCCUCCUGCUCUCCUCACGCUCUCCUCCUGCUCUCCUCACGCUCUCCUCCUGCUCUCCUCCUGCUCUCCUCCUGCUCUCCUCCUGCUCUCCUCACGCUCUCCUCCUGCUCUCCUCACGCUCUCCUCCUGCUCUCCUCCUGCUCUCCUCCUGCUCUCCUCCUGCUCUCCUCACGCUCUCCUCACGCUCUCCUCCUGCUCUCCUCCUGCUCUCCUCCUGCUCUCCUACUGCUCUCCUACUGCUCUCCUCCUGCUCUCCUCCUGCUCUCCUCACGCUCUCCUCCUGCUCUCCUCACGCUCUCCUCCUGCUCUCCUCCUGCUCUCCUCCUGCUCUCCUCCUGCUCUCCUCACGCUCUCCUCACGCUCUCCUCCUGCUCUCCUCCUGCUCUCCUCCUGCUCUCCUACUGCUCUCCUACUGCUCUCCUCCUGCUCUCCUCCUGCUCUCCUCCUGCUCUCCUCCUGCUCUCCUCACGCUCUCCUCACGCUCUCCUCCUGCUCUCCUCACGCUCUCCUCCUGCUCUCCUCCUGCUCUCCUCCUGCUCUCCUACUGCUCUCCUCCUGCUCUCCUCCUGCUCUCCUCACGCUCUCCUCCUGCUCUCCUCACGCUCUCCUCCUGCUCUCCUCCUGCUCUCCUCACGCUCUCCUCCUGCUCUCCUCCUGCUCUCCUCACGCUCUCCUCCUGCUCUCCUCACGCUCUCCUCCUGCUCUCCUCACGCUCUCCUCCUGCUCUCCUCACGCUCUCCUCACGCUCUCCUCCUGCUCUCCUCACGCUCUCCUCCUGCUCUCCUCCUGCUCUCCUCCUGCUCUCCUCCUGCUCUCCUCCUGCUCUCCUCACGCUCUCCUCCUGCUCUCCUCCUGCUCUCCUCCUGCUCUCCUCCUGCUCUCCUCACGCUCUCCUCCUGCUCUCCUCCUGCUCUCCUCCUGCUCUCCUCACGCUCUCCUCACGGUCUCCUCCUGCUCUCCUCACACUCUCCUCCUGCUCUCCUCCUGCUCUCCUCCUGCUGUCCUCACGCUCUCCUCACGCUCUCCUCCUGCUCUCCUCCUGCUCUCCUCCUGCUCUCCUCACGCUCUCCUCCUGCUUUCCUCCUGCUCUCCUCCUGCUCUCCUCACGCUCUCCUCCUGCUCUCCUCCUGCUCUCCUCCUGCUCUCCUCCUGCUCUCCUCACGCUCUCCUCCUGCUUUCCUCACGCUCUCCUCCUGCUCUCCUCCUGCUCUCCUCACGCUCUCCUCCUGCUCUCCUCCUGCUCUCCUCCUGCUCUCCUCACGCUCUCCUCCUGCUCUCCUCCUGCUCUCCUCCUGCUCUCCUCCUGCUCUCCUCACGCUCUCCUCCUGCUCUCCUCACGCUCUCCUCCUGCUCUCCUCCUGCUCUCCUCCUGCUCUCCUCCUGCUCUCCUCCUGCUCUCCUCCUGCUCUCCUCACGCUCUCCUCACGCUCUCCUCCUGCUCUCCUCACGCUCUCCUCCUGCUCUCCUCCUGCUCUCCUCACGCUCUCCUCCUGCUCUCCUCACGCUCUCCUCCUGCUCUCCUCACGCUCUCCUCCUGCUCUCCUCCUGCUCUCCUCCUGCUCUCCUCACGCUCUCCUCCUGCUCUCCUCACGCUCUCCUCCUGCUCUCCUCCUGCUCUCCUCCUGCUCUCCUCACGCUCUCCUCACGCUCUCCUCCUGCUCUCCUCACGCUCUCCUCCUGCUCUCCUCCUGCUCUCCUCCUGCUCUCCUCCUGCUCUCCUACUGCUCUCCUCCUGCUCUCCUCACGCUCUCCUCCUGCUCUCCUCCUGCUCUCCUCCUGCUCUCCUCACGCUCUCCUCCUCCUCUCCUCCUGCUCUCCUCCUGCUCUCCUCCUGCUGUCCUCACGCCCUCCUCACGCUCUCCUCCUGCUCUCCUCCUCCUCUCCUCCUGCUCUCUCUCACGCUCUCCUCCUGCUCUCCUCCUGCUCUCCUCCUGCUCUCCUCACGCUCUCCUCCUGCUCUCCUCCUGCUCUCCUCCUGCUCUCCUCACGCUCUCCUCACGGUCUCCUCCUGCUCUCCUCACACUCUCCUCCUGCUCUCCUCCUGCUCUCCUCCUGCUGUCCCCUCACGCUGUCCUCACGCUCUCCUCCUGCUCUCCUCCUGCUCUCCUCCUGCUCUCCUCACGCUCUCCUCCUGCUCUCCUCCUGCUCUCCUCACGGUCUCCUCCUGCUCUCCUCACACUCUCCUCCUGCUCUCCUCCUGCUCUCCUCCUGCUGUCCUCACGCUCUCCUCACGCUCUCCUCCUGCUCUCCUCCUGCUCUCCUCCUGCUCUCCUCACGCUCUCCUCCUGCUCUCAUCCUGCUCUCCUCCUGCUCUCCUGCUCUCCUCCUGCUCUCCUCCUGCUCUCCUCACGCUCUCCUCCUGCUCUCCUCCUGCUCUCCUCACGCUCUCCUCCUGCUCUCCUCCCGCUCUCCUCACGCUCUCCUCCUGCUCUCCUCACGCUCUCCUCCUGCUCUCCUCCUGCUCUCCUCCUGCUCUCCUCCUGCUCUAUUCCUGCUCUCCUCACGCUCUCCUCCUGCUCUCCUCACGCUCUCCUCCUGCUCUCCUCCUGCUCUCCUCCUGCUCUAUUCCUGCUCUCCUCACGCUCUCCUCCUGCUCUCCUCACGCUCUCCUCCUGCUCUCCUCCUGCUCUCCUCUGAUUGGCUGA